CCCAUGCUGUCCUCAUCUGGGCCGCUGCUCUUCCUGGCGCAAUUGGCAGCCUGGGCUUCCCGGGCUGGGGGAGAGAACUGUGCGAUAGGAGAGUUGGAGACGCUCUCAGAUGCGGGACCCUUCUCUGAGAGUCCCAGCCACGGCCCAGGUCUUUCCCAGCUGGGACAGGAUAUGAAGUGGGAAGAAUCAAGUUGCAACCAAGUGCUAUGUCAAAAAAAGAUGCUAUCUCACCAAUGGUCUGUUUUCCACUGACCCUAUGGCUGAAGACACCCUUGAUUUUCAUCUGAAUACAUACAUUCUAGUUCAUCCAAUGUUACAUCAUCAGGUUAACAGGUAUGGAGAUCUCCAGGAUCUGGAGAAUAGUAUCAAUGGGCACUAAAAUUCUGGAGUAGAUCCGAGAAAGGUAGAUGGACUAUAAGGCAAUUGCCCAACAAACUGCUGAACAAGUUUUAGCUUACAAUCAAGAUCUAUCUGGCUGGAAAGUCGUUAAAUCUUCAAAAAAGAUAACUGUUUCCAGCAAGACCUCUAAACUAUUCCUGGGAAACCUAUACCGUAUCGAAGGAAUAAUUCCAGAACCAGCAUGUCAUCUCUCUGAUUUCCUCUUCAAAUCUGAUAACAGAGUUUCUUGGGAUAAAUCAUUGAAAAAGUUCAAUGUGAUACACAGGAUUGAUUCGGACACACUUAUAUGCCACACCAUUACACAAAGUUUUGCCAUGGGUUCAAUUUCCCCUAGAGACUUUAUCGACUUAGUACACAUCAAGCACUAUGAAGGGAAUAUGGACAUUAUCUGUAUUAAAAGUGUGGAAUUCCCAGGGUUUGCGCCAACUUCACAUUAUAUCCGUGGCUUUAAUCAUCCCUCUGGCUAUAUAUGUUCACCUCUGAAGGAAAACCCAGCAUAUUCCAAGCUAGUGAUGUUUGUCCAAACAGAAAUGAAAGGAAAAUUGCCUACAUCGGUAAUUGAAAAGUCUAUGCCUCCCAACUUAGUAAGCUUCUUUCUCAAUGUGAAAGAUGCCAUAAAGACAUGCAAAGCUCCACCAAUACGUGCACAUCAUGGUACGCACUCAUCUGUACACAAAAGGAAAGACAGCCAUUCUGCCAUUAAACCAUAGAGAUUUCAGACGGCACAAACUACUAGUAAGUGUAGUUUAUUACUGCAGAUUACUCCCAAGUCAGUAUGAAUAAAUCUGUUAAACAUCUCUACGCA